GGGAAAGGCUGAACUGAUCAGCUGGUCUCUGCAGAUAUCUGACUCCUACAAAACAAUGUAGGGAGAAAAAGUGCUGAAUGUCACAAUCGCCGGGAGGAGAAACACCGGAUCACACACACACACACCGUUAAUGAGCGACCGGAUCCAGCACGGUUGCAAGAUUUUCACCGGCCUUUCCGCCUGAUUCAUGAUGCGAAAGCGAAACGCUAAAGAAGACAAUGACAGCUCGUUUACUGGUACACUACUGGACGGCUCCGAUCUAAAGCAGUGCCACAAAAAGACAGACGCUGCUUCUGAUCCAGGAGGAACAGCGAUGGGAAGACGCUGCAGAAGGGGUGGUCUGAUGUGGAGGCUGAGGAAGAUACUGAUCUGGGUGUUGGGAAUCUACAUCGCCAUUCCUGUUAUUAUAAAACUCUGUCCAUCAAUACAAGCAAAAUUAGUAUUUUUAAACUUUGUGCGAGUGCCGUAUUUUAUAGAUCUGAAGAGACCACAGGAUCAGGGCUUGAAUCACACUCACAACUUCUACCUGCAGCCAGAGGAGGGAAUCAACAUUGGAGUGUGGCACACAGUACCUGCAGCAAUGUGGAGGGAGGCUCAGGCAAAAGAUGCUGAAUGGUAUGAAAAAAGCUUCCAGUCUAGUCAUCCUGUCAUCCUGUAUCUCCAUGGUAAUGCUGGAACAAGAGGAGGGGAUCACAGAGUUCAGCUCUACAAGGUUCUUAGUUCAUUAGGCUACCAUGUAGUCACAUUUGAUUAUAGAGGUUGGGGUGACUCUGAGGGCAGCCCUUCAGAGAAAGGGAUGACGUCAGACGCCCUCUUCCUUUAUCAGUGGAUAAAGCAGCGGAUUGGCCAGAAGCCCCUGUACAUCUGGGGUCACUCACUCGGCACAGGAGUUGCCACUAACCUAGUGAGACGGCUGUGUGACAGGGGAACGCCCCCUGACUCGCUGAUUUUAGAGUCGCCCUUUACCAAUAUCAGAGAGGAAGCCAAGAGCCAUCCCUUCUCUAUGGUUUACAGAUAUCUACCAGGCUUUGACUGGUUCUUCCUGGAUUCUAUAACUGCAAACGAUAUUCGAUUUGCCAGUGAUGAGAAUAUCAAGCAUAUAUCCUGUCCGGUUCUGAUCCUGCAUGCAGAAGAUGACACGGUCGUACCCUUCCAGCUGGGAAAGAAGCUGUAUGAUUUGGCUGCUCAGAGUAAGAGUCUGAACGGUCAUAAGGUUCAGUUCAUCCCGUUCCCCAGCUCUCUGGGAUACAGACACAAGUUCAUCUACAAGAGCCCACAGCUACCAAAUAUUCUCAGUGAUUUUCUCAGUGCGACGCUUCCUCACAUGUAGUCAAGAUCAUUUCACCUGACUGCCCUCUCUCUCACACUGUCAGUUAAACACACACACACACACACACACACACACACACACACACACACACACACACACACACACACACACACACACACACACACACACACACACACACACAAUGUACAUGAUCUGCACCGUGUACAUCAUGUGUAUAUGCGCACACAUGAGCAUGGAUUGAAGAUGCACCGGUUCUUUUUGCAUUCCUUUGUUAACUCGAAAGCUACGGAGGGAGAGAGUGACAGGACUGGGCGAUUUGUUUCACCGUCUCCUGUUGUCAUGGUAACAGAUCUGAAGGGGCAGCAGGAACACAAAGUAUGCAAAAUAAAAUGCAAAUAUGCACUGAAAUUAAUGCUUAAGUCAACGAGCCACUUCAAAGCAAAGAAGUACAGAUGAAGUUUUAACGAUUGCACUGAGAAGACCACACAAGGAUCAAGGUCAAAGGGACGAAGCAGGACAACAUGCUAUAAUGAUGUCACCAUCAGUGCUUGCUGACUGCGAUACACUGUUUUUUUUUGUUUGUUUUGUUUGUUUUUUACGAACAUACAGUAACAAUCUUAACAAUAUCAUGGACCUGAAAUCCACUCAAUGUGAACAGCGAGUUGUUUUAGGUUGAACUUGAAUUAUGUACAAUAAAAUGUCUUUUUUUUUUUUUUUUUUCUUUCUUCCCAUUUAAAUAAUUUGUCUCCUGAAUGAUUUAAAGUGCAGAUUUUUGUGCUGCCUUGGCAUUAAAACUCUGUGUCUUUUUUAUGGGAUGUAUUGUGUUUAUGCUGUAGUGUUUGCUUGGUACAUAUGCAACUCAACUGCAAUCAGAACUGAAUGAGCUUUUGACACGUCUCCCCCCAAAUCUACUAUUGUUUCAUUAUUUUCAUGCAUUUGGUUGAUCUAUACUAGUUUGCAUGCCUGUUACUGGAAAAAAAAGAUUGUUGCACUGUCAAAAGAGAACAGAAAACUGUAUGCAAAAUCAUUUUCUUUUCUUUAUGUAGGUUAUGUAUUUUCUUUGGUCUUUAUACUCUCACUUUGCACAUUCCAAAAAAUAAGUAAUUAUUUAAUAUUUUUCUAUAUUAUUAUCAGAAUACGUUGGAUACUCAAAUCAAAAACCUUAGUGACAAAUCUUGAUAACUUUUUUUUUUUUUUAUUAAUAUUACAUUAAAAUUUGUGCCCUCGCCUUUAAUAUAGAGCCAAAAAAAACAAAAUUGUUUUAUAUAAAUAAGCAUCUCACUGAUGGUACACUACUGUUCAAAAGUUUGGGGACAGUAAAUUUUUUUUUUUCUUUUCCCCCCAAAUGUUUUGGAAAAAUGUUUCAUGUGCACCAAGGCUACAUUUAUUUGAUCAAAAAUACAGUAAAAAUAGUAAUAUUGUGAAAUAUUAAAAUUUUAAAAUUAAUUUUAAAAACAGUUUUAUUUUAAUCUAUUUUAAAAAGUAAUUUAUACCUGUGAUGGCUGAAUUUUCAGCAUCAUUACUCCAGUCUUCAGUGUCACAUGAUCCUUCAGAAAUCAUUCUAAUAUGAUUUGCUGUAUUUCUUAUUAUUCUCAAUGUUUUAAAACAGUUGCGCUGCUUAAUAUUUUUGUGGAAACCAAGAUUUUUUGAUUAAUGGCAAGCUAAAACAAACAGCAUAAUAAAUGCUGUAGCUUUUGAUCAAUUUAAUGCUGGUUUGCUGACUUAACUUAAAAAAAAAAAAUACUGAACCAAAACUUUUGAACAGUAGUAUACAUUUUUUUUUUAAAUUAUGUUUUUCUAACAAGUCCUUUCUGACCCAAACUUCACUUUUAGUGUAUCUUCCAAAGUUUUAAAAUUGUGUUCUCUAAUUUGGCUGAGUAUUUGUUGUAGGUUUUAAUAUUGUGGAUGUAUAAGUAAAUGAGGCAAUACUCAAGUCAAGGACUUAGUUGGACACCAAGAUCCAUGACUCUAUGAAAUUUUGAGCAAUAAUGACACAUCUAUGAUUUGCUCUGAUGUCUUACGUAUAUAUGAUGAAUAUAUUUUAUUGACUGCACUGACCAUCUGAUAAUUCUUAUCUGCAAAUACAAGUAAUUCUAACUUUAAUACAGGCCCUUUGAAAUUGAGAUCUGCUGCAUUGUUGCUCUGUGUCAGGUUAUAUUUGUCUAAGACUUUUUUUGGUCUGAUAAUGAUAGCAAGUUCAUGUGUGCAUGCAAGCUUCAAUCGUAGAUCUAGACAGCUCUCCUGUCUGAAUCGUCUUAAGGCUGUUUGUACACUGUCAACGUUAUUCUCAGAAAGAAAUCACAAUAUUUUUCGUUUUCUUCUACCAGUGUGGGCUCAUGAUGGACUGAAACACUGAAAGAAAAACAACCAAAAUCUUUUUGUUUGCAGAGGACGAUGUAGAAAUGAUCAAGUUUUUAGCAAGACCCACCAGGUCCUAGAGAAGUGCAAUAAUCUUAUCUAAAGCUGAAGGACAACCAUAUGUAAGACCAAAAACAAACUAUAUAUAUCUAAACAAAGCCGCUAAAAUACUAUAUUAUGUUGUGUUACAAUGUAAAAAUGGACCACAGUAUGUCACAGCUCUGAACAGAUUUUAUUCUGCCGUCUUUGUUGAUGUUGACCAAAUUUUGCAUAUUUGAAUUCAACACUUAUAUUUUAAAAUUAUUUUUUGUAAUGAAAAGAAAUACUGCCCAGUUAUUUACACAGCAACUGUUACUUUUUGCAGACUAUAUCAUGAGUGGUUUACAAUGUUUGUUUUCUUCUAAGCUGCUAAACCUUACUGGACACAUGCACAGAUGUAAGUACAGUAUGUUUGUUUGUAAACAAUAAAGGACUGGAAAAGAAAUAUCGCUUUCUGAUAUCUAGUAUUUUUAAGACUUUUAUACUGAAUCCCAGGAGGGCAUUCAUUUUAAGUACCUCACUUUUUUCAUGUAGUUGACUACAUAUAAUGUAUACACAAACCAUAAUGGGAGCCAUAUUACUAGGCAGGGACAAACAUCAGAUCCAGUUGAACUGGUUGCAGUGCAGGGAAGCACGUAUCGGAAACUUGGGGUAGUUUCACUGGAUUAACGUGCUAAUAGGCUUGUUUGUUUUUUGCUUUUUAUAUAUCAGGUUUAAACGAUACCUCAGUCAUGUGUUCACUUUCACCACACCUGUUCAAGUCAUUCAUUACUAUACUGAAUGAUAUGAAUGACAAGACAACAGCAUUCAAUCUUUACAACAAUGAACAGAUUCUCCUUGCAGUUGGAAUUGCCUUGUUUAGUUGUUCAAGUCAACAGCAUAUGGUUUUUAUUUAUUUUAUUAUUUGUUAACAUGGUAAAAUGUCCAUACAGUACUUGUGUAAAAUACAGCAAGAACUCAAAGCCUCAGUACAAGUGUGAACAUUCAACGGUGACAUCCAAAAGCAUACUUUGAAAUGACAGCCUGGAAUCUGAAAUGCUUGUUAAGUUGAAAAAAAGUCAGAGUUUGCUUAAUGGAAAGGGUCAAAGUUCAAGCUACUCUGUCAAACUUAGAUACAUUAGCACAAAAAUAUCAUCACUUGGUAAUACUAUGCGAAACAGAGCACAAACUGACAUCAGCUUUGACCC